AUGCCCGAACUCGCGGAAGUGUCACGCAUUGUGCAUUUUAUUCGCCAACACUUGGUAGGAAAAACCCUAUCGAGCGUCCAAGCGCAGCACGAUGACAUCGUGUACGGCAAAGUUGGGACCAGUGCAGCCGAGUUUCAAAAGGCCAUGACAGAUAAGAAGAUUGUUGGCGCCGGACAGCAAGGGAAAUACUUCUGGAUCACAAUGUCUUCGCCUCCACACGCGGUUAUGCAUUUUGGAAUGGCCGGAUGGCUGAAGAUCAAGGACGCCGACACAUAUUACUAUCGCUCGGACAAGCCUGCAGAUAAAGACGACGAGCCUAAGACGGAGGCUGCGUUUGUGGAUGCUCGCCGAUUGAGCCGCAUUCGCUUGGUGGACUGUCCCGCAGACGAGAUUCGCAAACACAGUCCUUUGAAGGAGAAUGGACCAGACCCGGUCACGGAUAAAGAUACUGUAACGGAAUCAUGGUUGAUGCAGAAGCUGAGGAGCAAGAAGGUUCCCAUCAAGGCUCUUCUUCUCGACCAGGCGAAUAUCAGUGGCAUUGGGAACUGGAUGGGGGAUGAGAUCUUGUAUCAUGCCAAGAUACAUCCGGAGCAAUACAGCAAUACAUUGUCCGACGACCAAAUCAAGGAAUUGCACACUUCAAUGCACUACGUCUGCUCCACUUCCAUCGAUGUCCUGGCAGACUCAGAGAAUUUCCCUGAGCAUUGGCUUUUCAAGCAUCGCUGGGGCAAGGGCAAAAAGAAUCAACCCUCCGUGCUUCCCAAUGGACACAAGAUCACAUUCCUCACAGUCGGUGGCCGCACGAGUGCUGUCGUUCCAGCGGUCCAGAAGAAGACUGGCGCCGUUGCGAAAGAUAUUGAGGACGAUACUGGCGCAUCUUCAAAAAGAAAACGUGAUGUAAAACAGAAGGUAGAAACCGAUGCCGAAGAGGAAACCGAUUACAAGAGCCGCGUGUCGAGACGCAAGAGCACAAGGGCGGUAAAGGCAGAGGAGGGUGAAGAGAAGAAAGCAAAGAAAAUAUAG